UCUUUAUUUUUGGAUGAAAUAUCACUUAAAUGCUUAUGUUGUCUGGUUUUCCUUUUGCCUUGUUACACAAAAGGUUGAAGUGAAACACACUUCAGCUUUAAAUAUAUUUUUAAACCAUAUUUUUGACUAUUCUUACGUUUACAUCAGCCAGCAUCAAAAUGUAGGAACUAUGUGGGUCUGUAUCUGUUCAGAUCGGCGUGUGGAACUCGAUCACAGGCCUUAACCUGACAGACAGCAACAAAGACAAAAACACCAAUGUGACGGACUCCAUGGCCAACCAGAUGCUCAUCGUCACAACUAUUCUGGAAAACCCCUACGUGAUGCAUAAGAAGUCUGAUAAGCCUCUGUAUGGAAACGAUCGGUUUGAAGGCUACUGUCUGGAUCUGCUGAAAGAGUUAUCCAACAUCCUGGGCUUUUCAUACGAGGUCAAACUCGUGACUGAUGGAAAAUACGGAGCUCAGAAUGAUAAAGGAGAGUGGAAUGGUAUGGUCAGGGAACUGAUAGAUCAUGUGGCAGAUUUGGCCGUGGCUCCGCUCACCAUCACUUACGUGAGAGAGAAAGUCAUUGACUUCUCAAAGCCGUUUAUGACUUUGGGAAUCUCCAUUCUCCACCACAAACCUAACGGGACAAAUCCAGGUGUGUUCUCGUUCCUGAACCCUCUGUCUCCAGACAUCUGGAUGUACGUGCUGCUGGCCUGCCUCGGGGUCAGCUGCGUUCUCUUCGUCAUUGCCAGGUUUACACCGUAUGAAUGGUACAACCCUCAUCCCUGCAACCCAGAUUCUGAUGUAGUCGAGAACAACUUCACUUUAAUAAACAGUGUUUGGUUUGGAGUUGGAGCCCUGAUGCAGCAAGGUAUUUCAUGGACAGGAUCGGAGCUGAUGCCAAAGGCUUUAUCCACCAGGAUUGUUGGAGGCAUCUGGUGGUUCUUCACUCUCAUCAUCAUCUCAUCAUACACAGCUAACCUGGCCGCCUUCCUCACUGUGGAGAGAAUGGACUCGCCUAUAGACUCGGCCGAUGAUCUGGCCAAACAGACCAAGAUAGAGUACGGCGCUGUGAGGGACGGCUCCACCAUGACCUUCUUUAAGGUUAAACAGCACACCUAUUUUAAAAUAUAUACUGUAAUGGUUGAUCUUCAUAGAAAAUAUAUAUCAUAACAAAAAAAAAAUUGAGGGUUUGUGUACCCUUACAAAAAGA